AUGCUAACGGCCAAAGCAGAGUUGGGGACGGAGCCUCAGCCCUCGGAUGUCCUGAUGGUGGAAGUGAACAACAUGCACCAUGAGCCGUUCACCGUCACCGAGGAGGUCAACGCUCGGACAGAGGAGAUAGUGAAGACCAUCUGUGACAUCAUCGCUCUGAACCCGCUGUACAGGGAGUCAGUGCUGCCGAUGAUGCAGGCGGGCCAGCGGGUGGUGGACGACCCGCUGUACCUCAGCGACAAAGGCGCAGCCCUGAUGGGGGCGGAGUCCGGCGAGCUGCGGGACGUCCUGGAGGAGACCAGCAUGAAUCCCCGGUGGCUCUACAAAGCUCUGUCUCUGCUGAAGAAGGAGCACGAGCUCAGCAAGCUGCAGCAGAGCCUGGGCUGUGAGGUGAAAGAUCAGACGCACAGGAAGUACCUCCUGCAGGAGCAGCUGAAGAUCAUCAAGAACGUGACCCGGAACUACCUGGAUUGGCUGACCAGCCAGGGAACGAACAGCGAGGAGAACCUGAGCCUGGACCGAGCCACCGCCAUCCUGGACGAGGACCACCACGGCAUGGAGGAUGUCAAGAAGAGCAUCCUGGUGGGUCGGCUAGCCGCUAGCCGCUAG